ACCUACAUUAUUAUGCUCUAUGUGGAUUAUCCAGUACUGACUGCAGAUAAGACUUCAGAGGCGCGAGGUCACCCCCAUCCAGAUUAAGCAAAGCAAAGUAUUCAAAUGCGUUUAAUCUGUUCAAUUGCAUUUAUAUCCAAUGUUUCCAUAGAGACCAUCAGUCAAUCAAGAAACUUAUUGAUACUCAGCAACCCUCAAAUUAGCCAUUGUCUAAUAAUCUGUUUUUGUUUACUAUAUCAAGAUUUUGACAUGUACGACAUUUACUCAAGUACCCAAUAGAAACAAAAUAUUCUCACAGCACUAGUAGUUGAAUUAAAUGUACCAUAUUGUUAUUUUAGUCAGUUUGCUGCUACUAACAACAUUGCAACUCACUAUUUGAGCUCAAAAAAAUAAACACAUCAAAAUGAUUUAAUUGUUGAUUGAUAAAAACAAAAUCUUUAACCGUACUUGACAUUAGCAAGUUAAAAAGUAUGCGAUAACUAUCUCAAACGAGGUAAACAACAACUACUCCGGUCAAACGCUUCAUCCAAUGAACUCACUACACUCCAUGACGCAAUCCACUUAUAAUCAUCUCAUUGGACAAAUCUCUGUCAAUCAACAAACGACAACAUGCUAGUACAGUGAAACUCCAAGUAAAACUAUUGGCCACUAAUAAUGACGUAGACCCAAAACGCACAACAGCGGUUGGUUCAUUUUCAGAGAGGGAACUUUCAAUCAAACGUUUCGCCCAAUCGGGGGCCUCGCCUCGCACCCUCCCAACUUCAGGCGAAUGACGCACGAGUCAUGUGUUGUUUGUGCUGUGGUCUGGUCCGUAGUGUACACAGGGUGCGAAGAGCAGAUUGGUAGCCCGCUAGGAGGAUCUACCGAUAAUAGAUCGGGUAAAUGUGGUCAUGUUGCAGUUGCUGGCAUUGAGCUCGAAGAGCAUUGGCUGGAUUACCUGCUUUUCAUGUGGCGGCCAGGGGAAUAUCAACACUGAAAAGACUUAAUCGCGCUCUGACGCUCGAGACACGGUUUCCCCCCAACACAAAUAAUGGGGUCUCUGUCUGUAAACCGAAGGUAAAGUGACCUAAAAUCUCUCUUAACUGAUGGAAAAUUUCGCGAACUACCAAGAAGGCAAAGCCACUAUGUUGAUGGUAGAAACGCAACAGCGGGCUGUCGGGACUAAACCUGCAGAAGCAGCUGCGACGGCGAACGGCGACACCUCUGUCGGGGAACCCCCGGACUCGGUACAGCACCCCGACGGUCAGACGAGUGAACCGCAUCAACAGCAGCAGUCUCAUUACCGGCAACACGCCGUGCACGAAAACCACCUGGAAUCGCCGGCGAGGAAUAGAUACGCGUCCACUCUUAACCGGGCACACGAGGACUCAGCCCCUACUGCAAGCAAAACACACGCUACCUCAUCAUCUCCUGCUAUAUCUGCGAACGCCAAUUCCUCCGUGUCGGAUGACAUCCGAAAGUGUGGUUACCUGAGAAAGCAGAAACAUGGCCACAAGAGGUUUUUCGUCUUGCGGGCGUCGAGUCAUCUGGGACCGAGCAGACUUGAGUACUACGACAGCGAGAAGAAAUUUCGAAACACGCUCCGCUCCACCACCGCCGCCGCCGCCCCCAGCGCAUCUGCAGGCUCGACUGGAGUGACUGCUUCUUCCCCGAAAAGAGUGAUAUAUCUGUACCAAUGCUUCACUGUCAAUAAAAGAGCGGAUUCUAAAAACAAACAUCUUAUUGCUCUGUAUACUAAGGAUGAGUACUUCGCAAUUGUCGCUGAAAACGAGCAGGAACAGGAGGAGUGGUACCAGGCGCUCAGUGAGCUAAUGAGUGAAGGGAAGAGAGGCCACCUGGAUGCAGAGGAGAUUGAUGAUGGCUACGGCACUGUUACUCCAGGUACUGACUUCAAAGAAGUGUGGCAGGUUAAUGUCAAACCAAAGGGCUUGGGCCAGACUAAAAAUCUAACUGGUGUGUAUAGACUCUGUUUGUCUUCUAAGAGCCUCCACCUAAUGAAACUGAACUCUGAAACGCCUUGUGUGAACUUACAACUCAUGAACAUCAGGCGCUGUGGUCAUUCCGAGAGCUUCUUUUUUAUAGAGGUCGGCCGCUCCUCUUCUAUAGGACCUGGAGAGGUUUGGAUGCAGGUGGAUGAUUCUGUGGUCGCUCAAAACAUGCAUGAAACCAUUCUUGAGACCAUGAAGGCCCUGAAGGCUUUUGCUGAGUUCAGGCCAAGGAGCAAAAGUCAGUCGUCCGGCUCCAACCCGAUGGGCUUCAUCACCACGCGGCGGCACCUGGGCAACCUCCCGCCCAGUCAGACGGGGCUCCAGCGGCGGUCUCGAACUGAGUCUGUGGUGGGAACUCCACCUAGCAGAAAGAGCAGUGGAGCGAGUGGGUACAGAUUCAGGACCUCCAGUGAGGGAGAGAGCACCAUGAGCCGGCCCUUUCGCUCUGUGACGGGUAGCCUCAUUCAUCUCAACACGGCCCGUGCUAACCUGAGCCGCCAGGAAAGUAGCAGUGGGGCUGGAGGACGCUAUGUUCGUGCCCCGCCGGGCACCAAUUAUCAUGCCCGCUCUGCCUCGCUGCCGGUGUCACACUUCCCCUCAACCACAAGCCCAGUCAGCAUGUCUAGCAGCAGCGGGCAUGGCUCUGUGUCUGACACCAUCACACGCCCCUCCAGUGCAUCCAUUUGUGGAUCCCCUAGCGACGGAGGUUUCAACUCUUCUGAUGAGUAUGGCUCCAGCCCUGGAGAUUUUCGCUACUUUAGAGUACGUAGUAACACCCCAGACUCCCUGGGAAACACGCCACCAAUCCGUGAGGAGCACUGCCUCGGCGACUACAUGGCUAUGGGAUGGAAUCGUGACGCGUCUGGAACAAGCACAAGUGAGCCCCGUGAAGAGAGUGCUGAUGAAGAUUCACGCCCCGGGUCUUUAAGAAGACGGACGCCUUCCUUCUCCAGGCAGGUUGGGGGCGCUAUUGCUGCUGGAGUCGCUGUGUAUCAAAAAAUGACCCAGACCACCUUCUCGCUGGACGAGGCUGUGAGUAGCUCUUGGGGUGCCAGUGCCCAGACCGUCUCUACCUCCUCCUCCCUUUGCUCCGAUUACAGCUCCAGUUCUGAACACAGCCAAGACCGGCCCCCUAGCUUACGGCUCGCAGAUGCCCCCAAGGAUGAUGGGUACAUGCCCAUGAUGGCAGGUGUGCUGCCUGGCUCCAACAAUGCAGACUACAUGCCUAUGCAACCAAAUAUUCUCCUUUCUGCUUCUCCACGUGUCCAAAGUGCUGCUUUGCCUGUCCCCCAGCACGUGGAGUCAAAAGGCUACAUGAUGAUGCUCCCAGGUAGAAGUGGGGCUACUGAUUCCCCUGCCCCGCCCAGCCCCGACAGACGGGGAGAUAGACGAAGAGCCCCAAACCGCCCUGCGAACACAGAAUACAUGGAUAUGUCUCAGAGCACAUCUACAGCUUCAUCCAGAGACCAUUUUGAGCAUGACGAGUACGUCCCAAUGAGUUCCCCAGCGAAACCAAGUUACAUCCCACCUGCCCCAGAUCGCAGUAGCAGGUGCCUACCUUCUGAAUCUUCACAACAUAAUGGCUGCACAGACCGACGUGCAAUCCGGCCGAACCGUCUGCCAUUGGGAAGGCGGAGUUUGCAAAGCACCCUGCAAACAGGUGAAGCAGCAGUGCGGCCUUCUAGCCCAGGAGAGUACAUCAAUAUCGAAUUCGGGGAUCGUCCGACAUAUCCCACCAGCUCACUGUCUGCUGACGGCUCACCCUCAACCCUCAGCAGGGAGCAACGCAGAUCCCCCCUACCACAGGACUACAUGUCUUUAGAUGUGGAUGGUCUCCCACCCAAAUGUCAGUCCCCAAGGCCUUCUCUAGUAGCCCCCUGGAAUCCUCCUACAUACAUUCGGCCCUCCUCAUCCUCCCACUCCAGUGGGAUUAGUGUGGGUCAACCGGACGACUACGCAGAAAUGUCUUUUGGAGAUGAUGAGGAAUGUAAAAGCCCUACAGCCAUGCUCGAGCACCUGUGUGUCCUGGAGCAACAGUUUUUCCCUCACAGCCCCCCGACCGAGCCCAAGGUUGUCCGCGCUGAUCUUCAGGGCAGGCGGAGGCACAGCUCGGAGACGUUUGUCACAUCUCCAGGGGCAUCAGGUGGAAGUGCCCUGGAUGUCAAUAGCACAGUGCCUAGCAACACGCAGCAGGUGGGGCGCAGUAAGUGUCACAACUCUGCCUCUUUUGACAGUGUUUGGACUGACAGUGUGACAUCUGGCAGCGAGGUGACACUGGGAACCUCCUCAGAUAGACCCGAUUCCUCCUCUGUGAGGUCUGGAAGGACUCUACCUACGGAACACCAAAACGGCCUAAACUACAUCGCCCUGGACAUGAGAGAUAACGUCCGGCCUGGAAAUGCUCGUUCGCCAUCUCCCAGUGUUUCUCCCCCAGAGAAUGGUGCCUACGCCAGCAUAGAUUUACUUACAGCAGCAUCUAAAGAUUGAAGACUGUCCCAUCAGACUCCUGCAGCGAUGUCAGAUAUUGUGAUAUCGGCCUGAGCACACAACCCCACACGACACUGCGCUACAAACAAAAAGGAUCCAGAGUUUUGUUGUAAUUGACUUUUAUUUCUUAACAUGCCGUCUUAGAGCAACUCCACAUGCACCGUCUCAAAUGAGUUCAGUACUUCAUCGUGAUAUGUGUCACAACUUUUCAUUGGCUGCAUUUAAAAAUGGAGGUCACUUUAUAAAGACAGGUGCAUGCUGUUUACAAGCAUCACAAGGAUGUACAAAUUGUAUUUAUUUCCCAUAAGGAUUUCAGGUGCACUUACAGAUCUUUGUGUUAAUGUGUACGGUUUGCUUAUGAGAGAGAAAGCAUAUAUUGGGAUGGUACAGAGCGGAUAUAACCGUAUGGCAGUAGUGUCUUAUUCUGAAUGUCUCCGUUAGGUCCUCGCUUUAUAUAUCACGCACAACUUUGGGCCGUAGAAACCUCCUCUUUUGUUGUAUGCGUCAGGAUGGUCAUGAUGUUGCAUGGCUUGCCCUGUGCUGACUAUGACCCCAGGUUUUUUUUGCAGUGCCGCCUUGGCAUGUGGCACAGGCCAAACAUAGGCCUUUCAUCCGUCUUACUAAUUUUCGACCAGCAUCUGCUUCUCUUUGCUAAGAGUGCUAAAGAGAGAGAUAGAGGGAGGGGGUCCAUUCUGGGACUACCCUCAGAUGAACUCUGCCACAGUUGCAGGACAAAAGAGUUGGUUAUUACACAAUCCAAAUAUAUACUUUACUUUUCUAGUUUCUUCUUGGUACCCGUAAUCGGAGCCCUUUUGCCGAUCCGUAUGAACAAACAGCACAAUUUGCAGGUACAAAAAGCCAGUUCUGUCUGAAUAAAUAAUUUUGCAUGCUGUUGGCAAGAAGAAAGGCCUACUUGUCCGAUUAACAAAUGAAUGAAAUCAGACUUUAAGAUUUAUAGUUUUAAAAAUGUCACAACAUUUCAUUUAUAUUUUAUUUUUAAUUAAUUAUUUUAUAUUUUGGUAUAACCAAUCAGUUAUUUCUAUUUGUUCUUUCUCUCCUCUAAGUAUAUACUUUGAAUAUCUGGUACAGAUAUGGUACAGUUCAUGGAUCGACCACCAUAAACCACAUCUCAUGUGCGUUUUCUCCGUUGCAAAAGUAUUCUAAAGAAGAGAGAGGUACAGAGAGAACACGCACACUGAUUUGCAGCUUUAGAUUGAAUAAACUGGCUUUUUAUACUAAUACCCCUAUACUGCAAGUUGUUUUAAACGGCAGAAUCAAAUGUGAAUCUUGGGACAGAAAAAUGCAAAAACUAUAUGGGACAAUCUUCAUUGUUAUUCUGCCAAUGGUAUGACAGUCAACUUUGUUAUAUUACAUCUUAACUUACACAGACCGGCUUUUAUAGUCCGGCAGUGAAAACAAGGUGUUACCCAACAUCCAAAACUUGAGACCCCGAUGGCCUCAUUGUAAGAAUUAUAUUUUUAAAAAUCAAAAAGGGUACAGAAUUGUCUUAUGGGCAAUGUUAGCGAUUAUUGUAAUUGUUUGUAACUGUGAGACCUUUAUGAGUUACACAGAAACAAAAUUUAUGUCAAACAAGAGCUUUAAAUCAGCCAAAUUCUUAUAAACUCAACUUAUAUGUGAAAUCAGCAUUUUGCUAUUGUGUUUGAUCAAGUUGAAUUGUUUUUUUUUGCCACGAUUUUCAUUGAAUUGCCAUCUUGAGGUAAUAUUUCUAUUAGGAACGUGAUUUAAGUUAUUACAUGGUACAGAUGUGCAGUGGUACAGCAUUAAUGUGUUUUCUCCUUAUUUUUUGUUUAUAGUUUUAACAGCUUGGCUAAUCUUCUUUGGAAUAUUUUUCAAAAGACCAUUUGUUACUCUGCAUCAUUUCAAAAGCAAAGAGAUGGAAAGUUUGGGCAUCCCAUUGCUUGUGUAGUUUUGUAAUUCGUCAAAUGUCUGACUAAUGUUUUGGGACACUCGCGUUUCGUGUGCCAUUGUUUUUCAAGUCCAAGCUUGACAGUUGGCAGUUCAGGUUGGAGGUAAAUCCUCCGGAAAUCUGAGAAGAUUUUAAAAAAGGAAAAAACUUUGAUCAUCUUUUAUGGCUCUGUCCAUGUGUACAUACUGAUGCUUUAUUUAAUUUUGUUUCCUGCAUUUGAUUGACAUUUCCUUUUUCCUCUGGUGGGAAAGAGAGAGUGCCAGCAGGGAAAUCAUUCAAGCAUUGCUUAGUGUUUGUAAUCUUUUUGUUUUUGCUUUCAAUAGAGCUAUUGCAAUUAAAGUUCCUGCAAAAAUCUGUU